CGAAUGUCGAAUAUGAAACUAACUUCACCUGUAGCCUGAUCCUUGUGUCAGACCACAGGUCAGGAUAGGGCAGCGUAGGAGACAGUAGGCUUAUAUCUUUCGGUUUACUUACUAAAUAUUUAGCAUGAAAUUAAAUCUGAUAUUAGAUGACGGGAAAUUCAGUUUCGAUUUCCCUUCUGAGGACGAGUGGGCGGGAUUUACGUAGAACGUAGUAGCGUUUCAAGCAAGUUUCAAGAUCUGCAGACAACAGAACUACACGAAGCUGGUAUAACCGGUUUGAAUAUCUAACUGUAAGAUAAAGGCGUUCUUGGUCCGUGUACGUGAGUUUAAUUCCUUAUAUAAUUAUAACGGAACACGCAUGAAUACGAAAAACGUUUGUGAGUCCGUUUUUUCGUUCUUUUGCAAAACGGAAAAACGGAUUUGUUCUUCAUGGCAAGCCUAGAAAUUUGUUUUUAUUUAGCAAGCCUAUACGCAGGCCAAAGUUUAUGUACAUGCGUGCGUGUGUCUGGUGGCACAAAAGUGUCAAGCAACCCAACCCCGGAAGUCAGAACGUAGGGCAGUCUGCUGUCAAAUCAGCUCCUUUUCUUUUAUUUAAAGCCUUGUUGUCAGCGAUCUGUGUUUGAGUACGGAUAAUAUUUUUUCCUUUGUGCCGUGGUAGAAACUUCGAAAUGGGGGACAAUCAAGUAUCAGAGAAAAGCAAUUCUACAAGGCCAGGAAAUGGUGACCAGAAGAUGGGUGACUGUCUAAAACAGACCUCAAGGAGAAAGAAGAAAAGGGGGAAGAAAGAAGGAAAUGGAGAGAAUAGGGACAAUAAGGAGGGAGAAACAAAUGAAUCUGCCUCAGCAUCUACUGACCCCGUCCAACACCGAAACUCAAAAGAAAUACAAGCAGGGAAGUCAACCGCAAAGGAACUUCAUCCAAAUCAAGAUAAUAUUAAACUACAGCGACACGAGUUUACAAGUUUAACCUCACUUAAUUCUCCUCUGACCUCAACAAAGAAGCCAAAACAGGAACAGGUUCUGUCCAGACAAUCACCCCUUCUGCAGUCAUCUCCUGACCAACCAGACUGGUCACCUCUGCCACAGUCAUCUCCUAACCAAUCAGACCAGUCACCCAGUGACGCGGUUCAUGAAGAGGUGCCUAAGAAAAAGGCUGAUCCAAACAAGCUGAGCCUGCUGACCUGGAACAUAGAUGGCCUGGACUUGGAGAACAUUAAAGAGCGUUUCUACAACCUCAUAGACCACCUGAUCGAAUACCACCCAGAUGUGGUGCUGCUGCAGGAGGUGGUCCCGCCCCUCGUAAAGGCCUUAAAGGAGGUUCUGAAGCCGUAUCACGUUUUGCCAGGUGAUGACAGAGGUUACUUCACGGCCAUUCUGCUGAGGAAGUCCAGACUCCAGCUCUUGGACUCCAGCAUCGUCAAGUACCCCAACACAAAAAUGCAGAGGAAUUUGCUAAUGGCCCAUGUGAGCUUCUUUGGUCGCCCCCUGUGUCUGAUGACCUCUCACAUGGAGAGCAUGAAGGACAACUCCAAGGAGCGCGUCUCUCAGCUGAGGCAGGUGUGGAGAAGCAUGGAUGAGCAGCCGAGCGACCUCACCGUCAUCUUCGGAGGAGAUACCAACCUCAGGGACCGUGAGGUCAGUGAGCUUGGCGGCCUACCUUGGGGUAUCAGGGAUGUGUGGGAGUCCCUGGGCAGCCCGAAAGACUGCUCCUUCACCUGGGACUUGCUCACCAACAACAACAAGGAGCUCCCCUUCCCAGCCCGCCUCCGGUUUGACCGCCUGUUUUUGCGGCAGGCUGUCAAGGGGUGGAGGGCUACGGCCGAGGACAUGGUCCUGGUCGGCAUGGAGAGGCUGGAGUGCAGCCGGUUCAUCAGUGACCACUGGGGCAUCCUGUGCACCUUCACCAUGAACCCUCCCAGUCCACCAACAGCCGAGCAACGCUAAAAAAGCUAACUACAGCUAUGUCUGUUGUGUGUAUCUGCAGUGUUUGCGGGCCCCGCCACAGCAACAUUUCUGCUGCCACUGUAUCAGAAAUAGGGCUGUACUAAAUUUUAGGCCGUCUAUCUGCCGUGAUUGUUAGAGUGCAUCUCAGAGAAUGGCACGGACAGACCUGCCCCCACUGAACCCCCAAAAAAGAGGAAACACUGAUCUGUCCAGAUUGUUUGCUGUUUUAUUUAUAUCAGUAAAUGAAGUCAGUGCCUUGA